CCCUGCCGGCUUGGACUCGCCGCUAUUGCAUGGGGCGCCGCCGGUGGCCGAGGGAGCGUGACUGCGCUGCGCAGGGCGCUAGGAGGCAUUGUCGCCGUAAGUGGAGCCGAAAGCAGCCUGGAGCAGGGCCCCACAAAUGAGUCACAGCAGGGUACCUGAGUCCACACCUUACCUGGCCAGUGCUUCUGGCCAGCUCACACGUGCUGUCCCUCCAGGACACCCGCAGGGCAGGCUGCCUCCUCCUCAGCUGGGUGGAUCAACCACAGAGGCCCAGCUGGAUGCGGCCUGGACUCUGGGCCCCUCGUGAGGAGGUGCAGGCCCACACAGCAGCAGAGCAGCCUGGUGGCUGGCAGCAGGAGCCCGUGUCUGCAUGCUGAAGAAAAUGGGAGAGGCAGUGGCCAGAGUUGCCAGGAAGGUCAACGAGACGGUGGAGAGUGGCUCUGAUACCCUGGAUCUGGCUGAGUGCAAGCUGGUUUCUUUCCCUAUUGGCAUCUAUAAGGUCCUGCGGAAUGUCACCGACCAGAUCCAUCUCAUCACACUGGCCAACAACGAACUCAAGUCCCUCACGAGCAAGUUCAUGACUACGUUCUGUCAGCUCCAAGAACUCCGCCUGGAAGGGAACUUUCUGCACCGGCUCCCCAAUGAGGUCAGCACUCUGCAGCACCUCAAGGCCAUCGACCUGUCCCGAAACCAAUUCCAGGACUUCCCUGAGCAGCUCACCAGCCUUCCGGCACUGGAGACCAUCAAUCUGGAGGAGAAUGAGAUUGUGGAUGUGCCCGUGGAGAAGCUGGCCACCAUGCCCACCCUGCGCAGCGUCAAUCUCCGCUUCAACCCACUGAAUGCCGAAGUGCGCGUCAUCGCCCCACCGCUCAUCAAGUUUGAGAUGCUUAUGUCGCCAGAGGGUGCACGAGCCCCUCCACCUUAGGCCUCCCUCAAGCUCACCCAGCAUGCAGCGGGGCAGGUGGGGUGUGCAGCUGGCCCAAGACAGAUAGCUUAGAGCCACAGUGGGCCUGGGAGGCCCAGAGGGAGGGAGGUGGUGUACUGCUGGGGUGCAGCUCUGGACGGUCAUAACUUCUGUGCAAACGUGUGCAGACUCCCACCAUCUCUCUCUUACCCUUGAUAUUUAGGGAAAGGGUAAUGGUGUGAUACCUUCACUUUCUUUAGUUCCAUGGAAGGUUUUAGUCCUUUCCUCCAAGUUAUGAUGUCAGCAGGCAUCUUCUGAACAACAAUCACGGAGUGUUUUCUAGGCCUCUGUGGGCAGGAGACCUUGUUCUCUGCUGAGAGCCAGUUGCUGCCUUGAGAAGAACAGAAGACCAUCUGCAUCUGUUUAUUGCUUUCUGAGACCCAGCCAACCAGGUUGAAGCCCUUCCCGGGAUCACCUCAUUCCCAGCCCCGUGGGUUCCUGAGUUGGCAGUAGGAACCAGCUUUUGCAGGAAGCAGCAGGGAAAGUUGCCCAGGCUGCAGCCGGGCUGGGAAAUUUUAUCUGGGAACCUGAAGCACAGCAGGUUGGGAAACCAGGAAACAAAUCAAGUUGACUCUGUCCUAGCUUAAAAUUGAGAAAACAGUGGGUAAGAAGCUCUUCCUCUGCUUCUCCCACCACCACCUCCUUCAGAUAAAACCAAGUGUGCUGGAAUUACCCCUUGAGCUUUGGGAGAGGUGACCCAAAGAGAAAGACAAAAACUGUGUGCAUCUGCAGACCUGGUCCAAGGUAACUAUCAGUAGGUAGCCACACUUAUCAAGUCUCCUUUGGCAUCACACUGGCUGCCUUGUCAGGAGCUGGGGCACUGGGGGCACUGGGCACUAUGGAUGACUGGGUGUGUAGCUGGCGGACUCCCAGACCACCACCCCAAACCCCUGACAGACAGCUUAGUCACUGCUGGGCCCUCAACCUGGACCUGGAGUACAAGGCAGUAGGGUGAGCAGCUGCCCCUGUUUUCCUGAGUAAUGAGUUUCCUGGGAGAUGGGACUGUCACUGCUAACAUCUGGGACAGUUCUAGUGCACUAGAACAACUGGACCCCUACCCGGACAGUGCCUAGAGCUCUUCCCACUAAAUGCACCUCUAGUUAGGAGAAGCCCUGACCCUGAUCCCCCUGCUAUCUGCUGCCCAGCUUCUCCUAAUCUCUGAGGCAAACACUUACAGCCCAGACCCCACCUCAUCUUGAACUUGAACUUGUGUCCAUGGAAGACACCUGAGAUCCCUGUACCUGGGGUCAGCAAUGCCAUUCAACCCUAUGUCAUAGGCUUGUGGCUACUCCUCUACUCCUCGGACUUAAUGUCAAGGGCCCAGAUCAUGGCUCUGAGCAGUGACCUUUCCUCAGUGUGCUCCCAAGUUCAUCCCUGCUCCCCAGCCCUGGGGCCUGCCCCUACCCAGGCCUCCCAUCUCAGCAAGGGACAGAUAGUUAGGGCCAUUGCUGAUCCACCACCGAGUAGGUCUCUCACUCUGCACACCACCUGAGGAAUAGCUGGCCCAACUCUAGGAAAGGGCUUUCAGCAUUAGGACAUCACGAGACCUGAUCUCCAAGGCCUGGCCCCAUCUACUCUUUGUGCUGAGGUGGGGGUCUUCCUUGUCAACGAAGAAGUGUGCUUUUCUGAUAUGAAAGCAUCAUGUGGCCAGAAUCGUAUAAUUCGAAUUGUGGUCUGUAAGCCAGCAGCUUCACCCAUGGGCUCAUGCUAGAAACGCAGAUGCCCAGGCCCCACCCUCUGGAAUCAGAAUCCCUCUAGACAUCUGCAAACAGGUCUUGCAUUUUAACAAGAUCCCCAAGCAGUUUCUACAAUUGCUUUAUGGUCUGAGAAGUAAGGCCCUAGGGGUGACCCUGGGAAUAUCCUUGGGGAGGAGGGUAAAGGUUAUCUCAGCUCUCUCUCUCUCUCUCUCUCUCUCUCUGCCAGCAUCAGGGCCAAGUCUGGCAUAUGUUCAUCCCUCCCACUCCAAGUCAACCUCCUCAGGCACUCUGGACCUCUUGGUUCUUUUCAGAGUCUGUAGUUCUUCCAACAAAGUGAGUGACCGGAGUCGACAGGAGAGGCUUGGAUUUGCCUGGCCCCUGGCUUCUCUGGGUCAUCUCUGCAUGCCAAGUCUCCUGUAUCCCCAGCUCCUCCCUGUAGGCCCUUUGAAGGCCUUGUUUCUGGACGCUUAGAGAAUUUGCUUUUGCUUCUCUGGGAAAAUGUGGGUAGUCAGAGAAGCCCCCCACCCCACCUCCCCAUAAGAGCCUACAGUGUUAGCUUCAGUCUGCAAUAAAAAAGUGUUGGUUUCACCUGC